AUGUCUGAGUCUGAUGUAAUUCAAACUAUUGUUAGAAAUCCUAUGAUAUUGCGCCAACGUUUGGGUCCUGCAAUUCAUGCUCUUAAGACUGCUUUGGGUAGUGAUGAGAAUGUUGUUAAAAUCCUCAAGAAACCAGGUCGCUACAAAUUUAAUUGCGCUGCUAAUUAUGUUAUUCCCAAUGUUGAAUUAUUGCAAAAGUAUUGUGGCAUUUCCAGUGAAACGAUCCAGAAACACAUUGUUCGGCAUCCUAAUUCUUUUAUAUUGAAAACUGAUUUGCUUCGAGAUGCCUUAAUUAAGGUUGAACUUAAGUUAGGGAUUCCUGGACACUCUCCAAUGUUCUUGUAUGGUGUCAAUUUUCUUCGCUUUGGUGAGAAGAAUAUAAAGGAUAAAUGCGAAGUAUUUAAGAGUUUUGGAUGGACUCAGUCUGAUAUCAUGAAAUUGAUCAGGCUAAAUCCUAUGUGUUUCACUAGUUCAGAGUCGAGGAUCAAGGAAAGACUAGGCUAUCUGAUGAACCAAAUGGGUUACAAGCCAAACUAUUUAGCAAUGCAGCCUAUAUUAUUCAUGUGUCGCAUAGAGAAGAGAUUAUUGCCAAGACAUCGAGUCUUAGAGAUUUUGAAGGAGAAAGGUCUUAUAAGGAUGGAUUAUCUUCUUUCUUCUGCUGUUUCCUGCUCUGAGUCUGUGUUCUUGAAAAGGUUUGUUCUGCCAUUUGAGGAAGUCCAUGAUGUUUAUGCCCAACUGAUAGGUUCUACAUUGGACUCGCUCAAUGUAGGAAGAUCCAAAAGCCAAUCUUAA